GACAGAGGAAACAGCCGGGGAGUAGCUAGCUAGUCAAAUAGACUACGACCAGAGAGAGAGAGCAAGGAAAAACCAGAGAAGACCAACAACCCGGGUUCAGCUGGGGUUUCUCCCCCUCAAAUCAAUUAUGCUCGUCUCGCCGCUGUUGCUUCAUCUCAGGUGUCCGCUUCCCGGUCGCUGAAUGGCGCUGGUUACCGUGCAGCGUUCACCGACCCCCAGCACCAGCUCCAGCCCCUGUGUUUCGGAGUCCGGUAGUGGGGAGGAUGACCGCCGCUCUCAGCCAAGGAGCAUUAGUGAAAGUUUCCUGACAGUUAAAGGAGCUGCUCUCUUCUUACCUCGAGGAAAUGGUUCCUCUCCCUCAUCUGCCUCUCGCUUCUCACAGCUGCGCAGCAAACAUGCAGGAGACAUCCAGCAGCAUCUGCAAACCAUGUUCACUCUCCUCAGACCAGAGGACAACAUCAAACUGGCGGUUCGUUUGGAGAGCGCCCACACUCCGAUCACCCGCUACAUGGUGGUGGUCUCAACCAAUGGUCGUCAAGACACGGAGGAGAGCGUGGUGCUGGGAAUGGAUUUCAGUCCUGUUGAUAGCUCAUGUUCUGUAGGGCUGGUUUUGCCCUUAUGGAGCGACACAUUGAUACAUCUGGACGGAGAUGGGGGUUUCAGUGUGUCAACUGAUAGCAGAGUGCAUGUAUUCAAGCCGGUUUCUGUGCAGGCCAUGUGGUCGGCCCUCCAGUCACUCCAUAAAGCAUGCGAGGUGGCUCGUUGUCACAACUACUUCCCAGGCAGCCUGUUCCUCACCUGGGUCAGUUACUAUCAAAGCAGGGUCUACUCUGACCAGGCACGCAUCAAUGAGUGGAACACCAUGCAGGAUGUGCAGUCACACCGUGCCGAUUCGCCUGUGCUUUUCUCCGAUGCACCUACAGAAAGAGAGCUGACAGAGCGUCAGAUCAAAACCAGUUUGAGGGAGAUCAUGAUGCAGAAAGACCUUGAGAAUGUCACCUGCAAAGAGAUCCGAACAGAGCUGGAAAUGCACAUGACAUGCAACCUGCGAGAGUUCAAGGAGUACAUUGACAAUGAGAUGAUUGUCAUUCUGGGCCAGAUGGACAGUCCUACGGAGAUCUUUGAUCACGUCUUCUUGGGAUCUGAGUGGAAUGCAUCCAAUUUGGAGGAGUUGCAGAACAGCGGGGUUCAGUACAUCCUGAAUGUAACCAGGGAGAUAGAUAACUUCUUCCCCGGUGUGUUUGAGUACCACAACAUACGUGUUUACGAUGAGGAGGCCACUGACCUGCUUGCUUAUUGGAAUGACACCUACAAGUUUAUAUCUAGAGCCAAGAAAGCUGGAUCUAAGUGCCUGGUGCACUGUAAAAUGGGUAUAAGUCGCUCUGCAGCCACAGUGAUCGCUUACGCCAUGAAGGAGCACGGCUGGGAUUUGAAAAAAGCCCUUGAUUACGUCAAGGAGCGUCGAGCUGUGACCAAACCUAAUCCCUCUUUUAUGAGACAGCUGGAGGAGUAUCAGGGCAUACUGCUUGCCAGCAAGCAGAGGCACAACAAACUGUGGCGUUCUCACUCUGACAGCGACCUGUCUGAGCACCAUGAGCCACUGUCUAAAUCUCAUGCCCAACCGCAUAGCCUGGGUCGCUCGGACGCCCAUUACCAGGCCAGCAGCACGUCUGAUCCCUCUGUGAAAGAACUGCUGGAUUCACUGGGAACUUCGACCACCACUGGCAAAGCAACACACUCCACCAGCCAGCCUGAUACUGGCAUCCACUCCAAUCAACUCAGCUCUUCGUACUUUCAGGGGGUGGCAGCUCCAUCAGGCGAUGCUGAAGCUCGAAGCCUUAAGGCUCCUUCUCAUUCCGCUGAAGUCCAAAUCACCCAGUUGGACUCCCCCUGUCCCGAGCCCACAGCUGGCUCUGUGUCUCUGUUAUCUCCUCCACUCUCCAAUGGCUUAUGUGACUCUGAGGAGCAGCCCUCAUCACCUCCUCUCUUCCAGCCAAGGGCCGCCACUGUGGUGCCUGAACCUCAAAAGACAGACAUGGUGACUAUUGCACAGAGUGUUUUAGUGGGCCAGCCUCACCCGCCUCCAUCCUUUCACCACCUCCCCCCCUCCCCUGCCCCAUCCCCAACUCCAGUCUACAUGGAUGAGGUUAUCAAACCACAGGUGUCGUCCUGCUCUCUGCCUGUGAUAAAACCGAUGCUAGUGUCAGUGCCUGAGCCCAUGACAACACCAAGCACACAAAAGGCUGGACCACAAUGUCUGCCUGCACCAGUGCCUGUCAAAAAAACAGACUGUGACCAACAGAUGUGUGGCUUGUCUUUGGAUGGUUUAGCAGCACAUCCUCCCUCAACUAGUGAAUUAAUCAGCUACCCCAGUGCCAUUCCACAAGACGACGAGGUGUUGAUCGGCCACAGCGCAGAUCACAUUAACUUUUUCAGUGCCAGAGAAAAGUUCAAGGGAAUGAGUCAAGAUGAUAAAACUCACUGUGCUGCGGUGCAGCAGUCGCCCCAGCUGAAGAGUUGUGGCAAGGAACAACCACUGCCUCAGGAGGUUUCCACUAGUGAGGGGAAGGUAGAGGAGAAAAGAAAGGAAAUAACCGUCUCUGUGCAGGUCACAGGACUGAAGCCUGCAGUGCACACAGAACCUCAGGGCCCCCAGGACCAGGAAGUGAGGAAGUUGAGGCAGCAAAUGGAGGAUGGAGAUGUUUUAUCACAGAAGGAAGCUGAGAAUGUGAAAGAGGAAGUGAACAACAAAGAGGAGGAGGAGGCAGCAGCAGCGCCUGCUCGUCUCUACAGCGAUUGGACGAGGGGGUCCGUGCGGCGUGUCACACGACAGCUGGAGCAAAGAAUGAAACAGGAGCAUGAGACUGUGUCACCCUCCUCAUCUCCACCGUCCCUCUCCCGCAGCUCCUCCGGCUCUCAGCGGCGUCCACCCAGCGUCCAUGCUGUGACAUUGUCAGAUCCAAAGGAUGCAUCAAUUGGCUUGCAGGUGUCAGAAGUUAGCACUCUGCAGGAAGAGCAGCAGGAGGAGGAUGAUGGGAAGUUUGGACCAGUUAAAAGGGAGAGUGGUGAUGUAGUUGAGAGGGGGGCACUAGGAAAUAAUACUGGAAGCACAAAAGGACACAAACUCCACUCUGCUGAUACUAGAUUGCUCUCUACCUCCUCUUCUUUCCACCGCUCUGUCCAUUCUCCCUUUGCCUCUGUGAACUUCCUGUGUUUGGAGGGUGUGACAGAGUUGGAGACGAGCACAGACUGGGACUGCUCCACAGAGGGACCUCAUGGUGACGUCAUCAUGAGGGAGACAUGGGAGACAUUGUGCGAGCUGGGUGCCUUCCUGCAGCAGGUGAGCAUGGAUGGAGCCUGCAAGGCCAGAUGUGUGGACCAGGUUUUUGGCCUCAGUGCUGGAACCACUCGGAAGCGAGGAAGCGCUGGCUUGAAGAGGGUCAAAGAGGUAGAAGCAAGGAUUCGCCAGGCUGGACUGACCCCUCCAUCCCUGAUGAAGCGCUCAGCCUCUCUGGCCAAACUAGGCUGUCUGGAGCUGCUAGCCAAUGACCUUAGUGAGUGGGAGUUCAGCCGCUCCUCUGUAGCUCUGUCCUCCACAGAACCUCCGAUCCACACAGCUAGCGAUGAGUCCAAGAAGCAGCGGGUCCACAACUCUCCUUCCUCAGGCGGACAGCAGCUAGAAGUCCUCGGGACUGAUGCAGAGAGGCUUUCUGACGCUGGAGAAACCGCACCAGCAGUCUCUCCACCAUCCAGUCCGCAGAGAGGGCAACUCCCUAACUCUGACCAAGAUUCUCUGCAUUUGCCUGGGCUGACAUUUACGGCAACAAAGCAGCAAUAUGGAAGGACUCACCCCCUGAGGCGGCUUAAGAAACGGACUGCUAGUACCCUCUACCACACCAUGUAACCCUCAUCAAGUGUGUUUGUGUGUGUGUGUGUGUGAGAGAGAGAGGGAUCAUGCACACCUGUGAGAAAUGGAAAUCAAGUGCAUAAUGUUGGAUUUAUUCAGCAAAACAGACCAAUGCCUCUUGCCUUAAGGAUAUGUUAAGAAGUUUCUGUACAUUUUAUUUCCUCUGUGAAAUCCGAGAUAUGAGAUAAUUUUCUCAAUCUAAGAACAGUGACAAGGCUAUGAAGGGUCCGGUCAAUUGAAAUUAAAACUAGGAAUCAAAUUUGAAGUGCUGUGUAGUAUAUAAACUAUUUUAGAAGAAGGCAUUCAAAAAGCAGCAAAAACAAUCAUUCAAAUGUAUAACUUGUUUCAGAUGUUAAUAUGCCUGAGCAUGCACAUAUUCUCUCUUUACGUCAUUGCUGGUUCCACCGUCAUGAACUUGAUAAUUUACUUGAUCGUUGUUGGUUCAUUCAAUACUCUGACCUGAUGUUAGGUGGAAGGUAGCCUCUGUUUUUCUCUUCUCAUUCUUUCUUGUCUCUUCAUCAAUAUUUGCUAGUUGUGCUGGGUAGCUGCCAUGAAAAUGAUACAGCUGGUGCAAUCUGACAAGUAAUUUAAUCUGACUAACACCAGUUCAACAUCCAUACUUGUCAAAGCUGCAGAUUUGGUUCAAAAUGGUCAUGUAAAGAUUAGUCUAUAUCCUUCGCGUUCCACUUCUGGGAUUGCUCCGGUGCUGCAGGAAAUUCCACCGGAUUCCGUUUCCGUCUGCUUUCUUUGUGUUAGAAUUUUAAAUUUGG